GAGAUAGAAAGUGGGUUGCUCAUAUUGUUGGUGCCAAACCACCACUUUCCUCCACAGCUUCUCCUCUCCUUCACAGAACUAACAUAUUAACCCACACCCACACUAAAUUACUCUCUCUAUUUUCUCUUACUAAAUAUCUUACAGAGAGACAGAGAGAUGGGAACCUGCUGGCCUAAGCCUGUUGAUAAUCAUUCCACCGCCAACACCAGACCCCCCAGCCCAGUCCGUAGCAACAACAACGACGCGGCGGCGAGAAGUAACAAUCAGUCCACGGCUGUGGGUGAUCGAGGAGGUGGAGGCGGGCCGGCGGUGCCGCCGAGCGGGCGGAUCAUCACACCCAACCUGAAAAUGUUCACAUUAGAAGAUCUGAAGAGCGCGACGAGGAAUUUCAGACCCGAUACGGUGCUGGGUGAAGGAGGGUUCGGGAGGGUUUUCAAGGGGUAUAUUGAUGAGAAAACGUACGCGCCGUCCAGGGUUGGGGUCGGAAUGCCUGUAGCUGUCAAGAAGUCUAAUCCAGACAGUGAACAAGGCCUCAAAGAAUGGCAGGCGGAGGUAAAAUUCUUGGGGAAAUUCAGCCACCCGAAUCUUGUAAAAUUAUUGGGUUACUGCUGGGAGGAACGACAGUUCCUCCUCGUCUACGAAUAUAUGCAGAAGGGAAGCUUGGAAAAUCAUCUCUUCAGAAAGGAUGCAGCAGAGCCAAUUCCAUGGGAUGUAAGGAUUAAUAUAGCAAUAGGAGCAGCUCGUGGGCUUGCUUUCUUGCACAAUACAGAAAAACAGGUCAUUUACAGAGAUUUCAAGGCUUCCAACAUUUUACUUGAUGCGGAAUACAAUGCAAAGCUCUCAGAUUUUGGACUCGCUAAGUUAGGUCCGGUAGACGGGAAUUCACACGUAACAACAAAGGUUGUCGGGACUUAUGGCUAUGCUGCCCCCGAGUACAUGGCCACAGGUCACUUAUACGUGAAGAGCGACGUCUAUGGUUUUGGUGUGGUAUUAUUGGAAAUAAUAACGGGCCUGCGGGUGCUGGACCUGAACCGGCCCGGAGGGCAGACUAAUUUGGUGGAAUGGGCUAAGCCUUCUCUACCCGACAAGAAGAAGUUGAGAAAGCUAAUCGAUCCGCGGCUUCAAGGCAACUACCCUCCCAAGGCAGCAUAUGGGGCAGCAGAACUCAUACUAAGUUGCCUUGAACCCGACCCGAAGUGUCGGCCCGGGAUGGAGGAAGUAUUGGAGUCUUUGGAACAAAUUAGAGCAAUUCAAAUGACGCCCAAAGAAUCAAGAGCCCAAUCGAAGCCCGAUCCACCGCAUGGGAACCAUCAUCACCACUAUGGGCAACGGCCUCCCCGUCACACCCACCACGGGGCUGUCGGAGCUAGGGCCAACGGUUCCGGGCAACGGCAGCAUAAUAAUCUAAAGUUGGCCCGGAGUUAUUGAUUUGGAAUUGAGCUGGGUUUAUGCUUUGUUGUAAAUUUGGGCCAUUGGUUUAUCUGGAUUCAGGCCCAAUUUGGAAGCCCAAUAAUUAGUUUCUUAUACCCAGGAUGACCCGACCCCUUGAACGCUUCUUUCGCGCUAUACCCCUUGGGAGGUGGAAGAAAGGGAAAAAUUCCAUUUAUAUAUAGUAGGGCCCCAGAAUGUCAAAAGGUGGGGGUGGGGGAUGGUACCAGUUGUUAAGACCGUUCUUGCUAUUGUGACUAUCUAUUAUACGGACAGACGUAUUGUCUUGUGUUAAA